CUGGCUACUCUGUUGAUUCAAAAGCUCAUUGGAAAUUAUGUUUUGUCAUAGCCAUGCGACAGAAGACUUUUCUUCCUUGAUGGAUUUUGUGCAUAAAUAAUAAAAUUAAAUCAAUCGAUCAGUUCGGAUUUAUCCAAGAUAUUGAGCAGAAUUGUCUAUAACGGCGCAGUUUCAUACAGGUUAUUUCAUAUCUUCUGAUAUUAUCUCACACCAGGCACAGGACACGUACGAAAAGCAGAAUCAUGAUUAUUAACAUUUUCUUGCCAGUGGCACUCGUUGCAUUUGCCGUUACUCUCGGAGGUACAGAAACAGACUUCAAUACAUAUGACACAUUAGAGGCAGACACAAACUGCACAUUCACAAUAUGGAAUCAAAGUAAGACCUUCUACGAUAGUAGGCUUAUUGCUGUAAAACCAAAAUUUAUGCACUUUACGCUACAGUUGAAACACCUUUAUAACGCAACACCGGGCGUAUUCCGGCCUCUUCAUUGGGUGUGGACUUACACUUCUCCAACUGCAAGUUAUCCGUACCUGUCUUGGAACAUCGAUCACGGACUGCUUUCAUUUGGACUACUUGACGUGAAAACCGUGAACAUUCCGUUUGUGCAACUCCAAGUUCAAGAUAAUUGUACGGUUACAUUUGGAAGUCCAGGUACUACAUCGAGUAUUGUAAAAGCCUUGACUGAUCUUAUCAUAAAUAUGGCUGACCAAAGUUAUCACAAAUAUGAGCAAAGUUAUUUUUGUUAUCUGGCAGUGGCUCCGGGUAUUCGAGAGAGAACAGAGUACUAUGCAGCACUAUAUUUAAAUUACCCAAUUGCCUACUUGAAUUACAACUGUUGUAUGGUUUUGUUCAGUUACGUGAAUAAUUCAUACCUACAAGAUUGCGAAAGGUAUAAUCAGCAUGAGAAAUGGAUACAAUGCACACUAGGACCAUAUAUUCUUGGACUUAUAAUUUUCAUGAAUUUUCCAAUCAUAUUUUUGGAAUUUUGCGCAUGGUUAUCCAAAGAUGAAAAGAUCUAUCGACACGAAGUCGAGAUGAUACAUAAAACUACGGAAGAAUAUGAAAGUUUAAACAGAGAUGAAAGAGAAUGGGUUUUCUUGGAUGGAAAAGCGCCAGUAACACUGCUUGAGUCGUUCAAUUUUUUAUUCUGCGGUCUGAAUAGAAAAUACCCGAUACUGGCAUCAAGAAUACGUCGGCUAUUCUGCAUUUUGCUGGCACCAUCUGUCAUUUUCAUUCAGUUAAGAAUGUACGCAGAUGGAAUUGGAGUUGAACAGUCAAAAAUAACUGUUCCUGAAUUGGUUAAAGAGGGAAUGCCGAUGGGAUUUCUUUCCCUUCUUGCCGAUAGAGAAGACCGAAUAAAGGUUUUCGCGCCACUUUUUGGCGGACCAAUGUGUCUCCUAAUUAUGUACUACGUCUUGGCUAUCGUAUUCCUCGUUUUCCCGCGCAGUCUAAAGCAGAUCGUAGAACGAGGAAUGCCUAAUACUGACAUUUCGUCUCCUCUCUUUCUACACGCGGACGAGAUCAUAAAAUUAUCAAUGCUUUCCGUGUCACCUGAACCCGGGUAUGAAAAUGGUGCUGCUGUGUGCAAAUGUGGUAUAUACAUGAUAUUCAACAAGAAGUUUUGGCUCAGAGUGCUUGAUAUGCAACGAAGUCGAUUUCACUUGAACCAGUAUGACGAACCAAUGCUCACACGUUGUUUGAAAUAUGCCAUUCUCCCUUUCUACCUGUUAUUUUGUUUUCUGGAAAUUCUAUUAUGUACCAUUUACUAUGGUAUUCCAGUAUUUGGAUCGGUGACUAUAAUGGUAAAAGGUGUUGCCAAAUCAUUUUUUAUGUUUCGAAUGCAGAAUAGAUAUGUUUGUAUGAUAUUUAGAAACACGUUGUCUGUUUUACUCGGCACAGUUAUUGUACUGGGUCUGUUUCUGUUCUUCUUUUACACUGUGUGUUUGAUCUUCAUUCAGAGCUUUUCAUUCAUUUCUGAGGUCAUCAUCUUCUGUUUUAUCGCGGUGAUUGUGUACCCAUCAGUGUCAUUUGGUUACUUGUUUUUCUUCGUUGUCUUGUUGUAUUAUGUCGUUCGUUUGGUUAAAGAUUUCGGGGAUGGUUAUUUAGAACUGUUGUCUAUCGCUGUUGAAAAAUCGCAUGACAUGUACAGCCAAAUUAAUCAUUUGUGUGUGUAUGACGGUCAGCUUCUUCUGUCAAAUGUACAAACUCAUGAGAUAAGGGGAAUUCGUGUAAACGACCAGCGACUGGACAUCCCUCAGAAUGUUUUGCAGAGACUGGGCAAAGAGGACAUUGUGAAAAAGAUCGUUGAAAAUGACGAUGUAUUUGGAAUACCUAAACGCUUGUUUGAUGUAAUUGUCCAGGCACACAGACCACUACACAUACAGGCACUCAAAAUACUGUUUCAGCUGGUUUUUGUCAUAUGCCUCGUUACCAUAACAAUGAGCAUAACGUCGAAGUUUACAACAGGUGCAACAUCAGAGAUUUCUGACGUCAUGCACGUGAUAUUCAUCGUGACCGUUGGAGCGUUGCCGCGCAUUCUUGAAGUAGCGUUAAUGAAUUCCAGCGAAACCGUAAAGCGGGAAAUUGAAAUAAGACGUAUUGAACGGACGAUAAAAAACUACUGGCUUCUUGAAGCAGACGAUGGUUUCACAUUUGAAUCAUGAGAAUGUUUCAAUAAUAUGUUCUUCACUUUUCAUAAAAUGAUCACAUAUGAAUCGUAUUAUAAAUUAAUAUUUUAAGAAGACAGCUUGUAAAAGAACUGGAGCGCUGAAAUAAAGUAGAUGUACUUGAGUAAAGAUUAUUUUUAUAUAGCAUUAAUUAAUAAUGAAACACAUUUUUGACGGAUAUUACUUCGAGUAGUUCAAGGUCUUCAAAACAUUUAUCGUCUGCUACAGUAGCGGGAGUGUAAAAUGAUGAUGCCAAACUGAAAUGAUCUGAGCUUCAAAUGCAACAAUAAAACUUGUACCUUGCGUUUUAACUGGAUUACUGCAGAUAUAUCGCUCUUUUUAUGCUGAGUUUCAACUUGCAGUUAAGGCAUAAUGAACAAUAAAGAUGAUAGAGUGAGUUUCAUUGAAGUAUUUCAUCUACGACAAAAUUAUCAAAAUUUUCAAAGAACAAAAAAUAAACCAGUGACAAAUUCACAAUGUGUAAUACCCUCGAGAUAACUGAUUUAAGAACAAUGUAUAUACAUAAUUAUAUGUUUUUGUUUUACAUUUGUGUUUUAUUAGAUAGCAAGUUGUAUUUGGCCAGUUCACAUCAUAAUUGUUACAUUUCAUAGCAAAUUUAGGAAUUGUUAAUAAAAUGUGAGGACUG